CAUACCACUUCGGUGGUACGAAAAAAGCUUACUUUGUGACAUUCCAAUACUACUCACUUGAAAAUUUUCAAUCUUUUGGAAGGAGAGAUGGAGAAUUUAAAGUUGGCUGUAUCAUUUCCCUCUUUAUAGAUCCCUUGUAGCCUCACCCACUCCAAGCAUAAACUUGUUUCAGGAACUCCUGAAGGAAGGAAUUCUUCCUCGUAGGCCAUAAUCAAGAAAAACAUGAACAAACUUUUUUCUCUUAAACUUGCAUCAAGAAUUUCCAACUCCACUGCGACCUCUCGCCCUUGUAAGAAUUGCACUUCUUUCGCCACACUAGUGCGAACCCAUAACCAAAACCACCUGUUUGGCUCCUUCAUCAGUCGCCCACUUCAGGAUCACUCGCAUUCGUGGAGUUCGCAGCGAAGUUUUGCGGAGAAAAUUCAUGGGCUUUUCUCGGUCUCAGUGGUCGGAAAGCGAUUCUUAUUAAAUUCUUCGAACACCCUUUUCAAGGGGUCAAUUAGGAGUCUGAUAGAAAGGAGGUUUUUAUUUACGGGAGCUCAAUUUUCGAAACUGAGAUUUCAAUUGAAACCAGGUUUUGAUUUUCAAUGGCGUGGCAGAAGAUCCUGGUUUCAAAGGCUAACGAGUAAUGAUGUGGUGUUGGGCUUGAUUAUAGCUAAUGUUGCUGUUUUCCUCCUCUGGCGGAUUGCCGAUCCUGUCUUUAUGUCUAGAAACUUUACUAUCUCUGUAGAAAAUAUUAGAAGCGGCCGCGUGCAUACAUUGAUAACCUCUGCUUUCAGUCACGUUGAAGUUGGCCAUAUAGUAUCCAACAUGAUUGGACUCUACUUCUUCGGGAUGAACAUUGGUAGAGUAUUUGGUUCCGAAUUUUUGUUGAGAUUGUAUCUUGCUGGAGCAAUUGGUGGGUCGGCAUUUUACUUGGUGCACCAUCUGUUUCAAGCAUCGUCCUCAAAGGACCGGCCAUUUUGGGGCAAGGACCCGAUUCGGGCACAAGGAUUGGGUGCGAGCGGAGCCGUGAAUGCUAUCAUGCUGCUUGAUAUAUUCCUCUUCCCAAAGUCGACCCUCUAUCUCGAAUUCUUUAUACCCGUUCCUGCCAUCUUACUGGGAAUUUUUCUCAUUGGGAAGGACAUGUUGAGGAUACUAGAGAAUGAUAGCCAAAUCUCAGGAUCUGCCCACCUGGGGGGUGCUGCAGUUGCAGCCAUAGCCUGGGCUCGGGUUCGCCGCGGACGUUUCUGAAUAGCGGAAGAAUUUUCGUACUCGCAAUCCAGAUUCAAUGCAGCAAUGCCCAUCAUCAACUUCUUUCACAGUCCCUCCCUCAUUCUGCAUUUUCUUUUUAAUGUAUAGAAGCUGAAUGGUUUCUCCAGGUUUAAUUGGUUUUUAUAUGAUUUUUUUAUAUAAUUUCUGAUUUAGGUAAUA